UGAUAGAUAUAUUGGGUGAUGAUCAUUUUAUCAACUCGAGGGACGAAGAUGGUAACACAAUUUUACAUUUGGCUGCUGUAGAUGGACAAACUGAGACUAUAAUCUUCCUUACUAAUAAAGGAGCAGACCCAAACAUAACAAACUCCAAAGGUUUCACAGCACUAGGCCUACUGGCACAAGGCCAAAGCAUGGAAAGAGCCUUAGAGAUAGUGAAUUCUGUUCCUCAAACUUCAGAGAAUCACAACCCGUCCAAAGGAACAGUCUUUCCGAAUAACACGGACACCACCUUCCAUCCACUUACGAAAAAAGAGAUCAAGAGGGAAAGGAAAAGAAAGUGGCAACAGGGUAUGCAUGAGGCGCUAAUGGUGGUGGCGAUAUUGGUCGCUACCAUAGCUUACGAAGCGGGUAAGGACCCACCUGACGAAUCUGCAAAGGCAAUGAAGGGCUUCGAUGACUAUUACAAGUUUUUCAAAGCAUCUAACACGAUAAGCUUCAUCGCAUCACUUAGCACCAUUAUAUUUCUCAUAAGUGGUCUUCCCUUAAAGCGGCGUCGGAUCACCACUUGGAUUGUAAUGCUAACUAUGUGGGUUGCGAUAACCUGCACAGCAUUGAGUUAUUCAGUCCUCAUGGUAUUCGCCUCACCGGAGAAGGACAAAACGUAUGAUCCGCUUGAUCCGAUUAAGGAUCCAGUAGUUGUAAUUGCGGUGAAAGCAUGGACAUGGUUGAUGUCUCUUAUUUUCCUGUGCCAUGUAAUCCGCUUAAUCUGGAAAUUGGUACUCAAAGUCCUGAAGUUAGUCUGCAAAGCCCUGAAAUUUGUCUACAAAGCCUUCAAUAAAGGGAAGAGGGAGGAUCCUAUGGUUUAGUGGCUGUCUACUGCUAAAGUGCGUUUGUCCUAGAAGAAAUGCAUUGAGCCAUGAGUCCAUGCAAGAGUAGAUGCUAUAUAUUAUGUGCUAUUCAGUGUGCCCAUUAGCCAAUUAUGUACGAUACGUUUGAGAAUGCAUGUGUCUAUGUGCUGGUUUAAACAAUAAGUGUCUUAGACGUUGAUGGAUGAUGCGUGUAAAAGAAUGGAGUUUACAUGGAUGAUGGAAUGGAGUAUCAACAGUAGUUACUAUUAAUACAUGGAAUUCUCUUCUCUUUCUUCUUUCUUUAUAUGAUGUGCUUAAUGUAAGGAGUGAGUUGUGGUUGUAGUCAGAUUACAGAUGGUUACAAAUAAGAAGAGAACACUUGCUAA